AUGCACAGCCUAGGCAGUAUCAAGCCAAGAAAAGAGACAAUCUAUAUACCUACCUACCUACCUACUUACCUACCUACAUAUCUACCUAGUUUGCAGUGGGUGCUGCUAUUUCUUUUUCCCCCUUCUAGACAAUUACUCUCUGCACAUGCUUCUUCUGUUGUGUUGAUGUCUGCGUUGGUCUACAUAUAUAUCUCCUUUCUGGCUCUACCUUACCAAUCAUGUGGAGGACUACAGCUACCUACUACCCAUGCGUUUGUUCAAGAGCAUCAUAGAUAUAGAACCACUGGUUUACAAGGCAAGACCAGGCUAGGCUUUGGCCUGCUCAGCAGUUUCAGUUUUUCCCAAAAGAAAAGUAUGGUUUUAGCUUCAGCGGUUAUCAAUAUCAUACGGAAUCUGAUCGAUCGAUGGAGGUUGCGGGGUAGAUCUACGUUUGUCGAUGACACUAUACGGAGUACACAUGUACUUGCCUUGUUUUGUUGCCUACCUACCUUCUAUCCUUUUCAGCCUGUUCCUACAUUACAAAACCAGCCGGCAAGGACUCCUCCAAAACUGGCUGGGACCGCGUCAAGCUCCGGACGUACAGCACAGUACCACGUCAACCUGCCUGAGACACGCGGGCAUCCACCUAGAUCAUUGAUUGACCUUAUGGUCUAG